UAAAAAUGAACCUUAUUUCUAAAUUAGGUGGGAAGGUCGUGAAAUCUCAGUGCUGUGUAAGACCAUCUCCGCUGACUCUGAGCAUGAAUAGUAUGAGGAUGUUCUCUGCUCCAGUCUAUAUUCCAAAGAAGAAACUAGAAUUUAAGAAUGGAAGUCUAAAGAUGUAUCAAUGAGGACCUUUUACAAAGAAAUUUUACAAUACUUGGACUCUAUGCUCAGGAAUUUCAGCAGGUCUCACCUUCAUGACACUAAGAAGUAUGUAUAAGCUCAGACCGUUCCGUACUAUUCUAUGGGGAAUCCCUUCUAUCUUCAUGUUUAGAGGACUAAGAAUGGUGACUAAGCUAAACCAAAUCUUUGUUAAUGAGAUAUACCUGCUUCAAAACUGCCAACAAGUGGUUGUUUCCACUCUUUUUGGGUCUAAGUAUACGUUUAUGAUCAAAAAUAUCAAGCGUGUAGGGAAGCAUGGGGUUGAUCCAAGCAUAAUUGGGCUUUACGCAUCAAUCAAGAGUAGGUAUAACCGAGACUACAUCCCAAUACAGGUUGACAAUGUGCCAUUGCUGAUUGAGAGAGAAAUGAAUUUGGAGAAGAACCUUAAGAAUAAAGGCGAGGUCUUGAUCGACAUGGAGGUCUUCUUGGCUAUACUCAAUGGAAUGGAGAUUGAUAAUGACCCUAGCAAGCUAGAUGAGGUCAUUAUUGAGGAGCAGGAAAGCGACGGAGAUGAUAAGAAGAAAAAUGAUGAAAAUAUUAUUGACAUAUAGCGGAAGAAUGUGUGAUC